AUGGGUAAUCAAGAGACAUUCGGUUUGGGUUUCAAUCCAACUAGAUUUGAUAGAAAAUGGGCAAAAGAUCGUAAAAGAAAUGUUUGGAAUUUGUUGAAGCCAAUCCCUCAUAUUGCUCAAUCUUUCGUUAAAUCUCAAGGUGAACCGAGUCCAGACUUCUCUAUCCAGAAUGAUGUGGAUGAAAUAUGUCAAGGUAUCAAAGAAAUGUUUUAUGACGUAAACAUGACUCAGAUGGGUGAAGGCACUAGUCAUAUGGAUGUGCAAUUCAUCGGCCCGAAUGUCCAGCUCAACAACUGGGAAGCCACUCCUCUCCCUACAAUGAGGGAGUCUUGUUACGUUAAUGUCGACUUUAAUAAUAUGACAUGCAUGUGGAGUUUACAGUUAGAUCCUAAAAAGUUGUCUGAUCUCGAAACAAUGAAUCCAAAGUUUGACGAAUAUGAUGAAGAUGAAGCUUACGAAGAAAUAAAAAAGGGAUUGGAUCAAUUUGAAAAUAAGCCUAAACCUAAUUUAAGUGAAACUGAGGCGGUUAAUUUAGGAACUCCUGAAGAAGUGAGAGAAAUAAAGAUAAGUAUUCAUGUUGAUCAGAACAUUCGAGACGACAUAAUUCAAGUUUUAUUUGAAUACAAAGAUGUCUUCGCGUGGUCCUACGAUGAUAUGUCGGGUUUAAGUGCUGAUUUAGUAGUUCACAAACUUCCAAUACAUCUUGAUUUUCCACCUGUCCAGCAAAAGCAGAGAAAGUUUAAGACAGACAUGAGCGAUAAAAUUAAAGAGGAAAUCAUGAAGCAACUGACUGCAAAUAUGAUCAGAGUUGUCCAAUACACUGCCUGGUCGGCUAAUGUUGUGCCAGUGCCAAAGAAAGAUGGAAAGAUUAGAGUUUGUGUUGAUUACAGAGAUUUAAACAAAGCAAGUCCAAAGAACAAUUUUCCAUUACCCAACAUUCACAUCCUGGUUGAUAAUUGUGCCAAACACGAGAUUCAAUCUUUUGUGGACUGUUAUGCCGGAUAUCACCAAAUUCUCAUGGAUGAAGAAGAUGCAGAAAAAACUGCUUUCACCACCCCAUGGGGUACAUAUUGUUAUAGAGUCAUGUCAUUCGGUCUGAAGAAUGCAGGAGCAACCUACAUGAGAGUUAUGACUACCAUAUUACAUGACAUGAUGCAUAAAGAAGUUGAGGUAUAUGUCGAUGAUGUCAUCAUUAAAUCUAGAACGCAAGCGGGCUAUGUGCGUGAUCUAAGAAAAUUCUUCAAAAGAUUGAGAAAAUACAACCUCAAGCUUAAUCCAGCUAAAUGUGCAUUUGGAGUGCCAUCUGGCAAACUUUUGGGUUUUAUAGUUAGUCGAAGAGGCAUUGAAUUGGACCCCUCUAAGAUAAAGUCCAUUCAAGAAUUGCCACCUCCAAAAACCAAAACUGAAGUCAUGAGUUUUCUGGGAAGGUUAAACUAUAUCAGCAGGUUCAUUGCUCAACUCACUGCCACAUGUGAGCCGAUAUUCAAGUUGUUGAAAAAGGACGCUGCUAUCAAAUGGACAAGUGAGUGUCAGGAGGCUUUUGACAAAAUUAAGGAAUAUUUAGUAAACCCUCCGGUAUUGGUCCCGCCAGAACCUGGUAGGCCGUUAUUCUUAUAUCUUUCAGUGAUGGAUAAUUCAUUUGGUUGCGUUUUAGGACAACAUGACAUUACGGGAAAAAAGGAACAAACCAUUUAUUAUUUGAGCAAAAAGUUCACAAGCUAUGAGGCAAAGUGCACUCUGUUAGAAAAGACUUGUUGCACUUUGACUUGGGUUGCCCAAAAAUUGAAACACUAUCUUUUGUCUUACACGACCUAUCUUAUAUCUCGAAUGGAUUCUUUGAAAUAUAUUUUCCAAAAAUCCAUGCCAACAUGUAGGUUGGCAAAAUGGCAGAUUUUGCUUACGGAAUUUGAUAUUAUUUAUGUCACUCGCACCGCCAUGAAAGCACAAGCGUUGGCCGAUCAUUUGGCAGAGAAUCCGAUCAAUGACGAAUACGAGCCCAUAAGGACAUACUUCCCUGAUGAAGAAAUCAACUCUAUUGAGGAAGAAAUUCCUAAUGAUGGUCACGUGUGGAAAUUAUAUUUUGAUGGGGCUGUCAACAAAAAUGGAGUAGGAAUUGGGGCAGUUCUUAUCUCACCAAACGAAUGUCAUUAUCCUGCCACAGCACGACUUCGAUUCUUUUCUACCAACAACACAACAGAAUACGAAGCUUGCAUCAUGGGUUUGAAUAUGGCAAUAAAUCUGGAUGUGCAGGAGUUGGUGGUUUUAGGGGAUUCCGAUUUGCUCAUUGGACAAGCUCGAGGCGAAUGGGAAACUCGAGACAUUAAACUCAUGUCGUACAAACAAUGUUUAGAAAACCUCAUCAAAAGAUUCAAGUCCAUUGAAUUCAGGAACAUUCCCAGGUUUCACAAUGAGUUAGCUAAUACUUUGGCCACCCUAGCCUCGAUGCUUCCAUACCCGGGUAAUACCUAUACUGACCCGUUGGAAAUCCAAGUUAGGGAUCAACAUGGUUAUUGCAAUAUAAUUGAAGUAGAGCCAGACGGUGAGCCCUGGUAUCACGACAUUAAACGGUUUUUAAAAGCUAAAGAAUAUCCAAUACAUGCUGAUAGAGAUAAAAAAAAGAACUAUUAG